CCCCUCCUUUACGGCAAAUGGAAUAUGGCGGAUCGUGAGAAAUCCGUAGACGGUCUGGAGCUCAGUAAGGCAUGGCAGGAGGCUGCAGACAGCAGAGCGGAGAUGCUCCGCUACCUGAGGGAGCAAGUACCGCAGAUUUUCUGCCUGAAGAAGGAGGCGAGCCCUCAGGAAGAAGAGGAGGCCAUGCAGAGUCGCCUCCUCCACCCUCUGGAGUGCUUCCUGUUUGGAGAGGCUCCUCAGGAGGGCCUGGCGAAGCUCAAGCAGGGCAGCACCUCCUCCCAGCUCUGUGGACGUGUGUUCAAAGAGGGAGAAACCGUCUACUCCUGCAGGGAUUGUGCAAUAGAUCCAACUUGUGUCCUGUGCAUGGACUGCUUCCAGGAUAGUGUGCAUAAAAGCCACCGUUACAAGAUGCAUGCAUCAUCAGGCGGGGGGUUCUGUGAUUGUGGAGAUGUAGAGGCCUGGAAGAUCGGUCCUUGUUGCUCCAAACACGACCCAGGGGCAGCCACUGCCAUGGACGACUGCGUGCUGGAGCCUGAGCUAUCCCAUCGCGUGGAGAAGCUGUUCCGAAUACUGCUGCGCUACGUCACAGACUUUCUGGUGUGGGAAGAAAGCUUUGAGCUGCCAGCUGAGCUCCAGCCUCGGACAAAAGAAAACGCGUACUACUGUGUACUCUACAAUGAUGAGCAUCACUCGUACGAGCAUGUGAUCUACACCCUGCAGCGCUCUGUUAGCUGUGAUCAGGCCGAGGCACAAACACACACAACUCUUAUUGAUAAAGAGGGUCGCCGGGCAGUAAAAAGAGGCACACUUCGUUCUUGUCAGCAAGCAAAAGAUCUCAUCAGGUCCAACUCCGAGCACAUUUCCCUACAGCCACUCCGUGUGGAGAUCCUUCACGCGACAGUAAUGGCUCAUCAAACUUUUGCACUCCGCCUCGGUUCUUGGUUCCAAAAGAUCAUCGGCUACUCCGCGGGCUUCAGGCAGGUGUUUUGUCAGGUGGCCCUGGAGCCACACAUGGACAGAGAUCGGCCAUGUCUCAUUAGCAGACUCAUGCUGCACGAUGCCAGGAUGUACAAAGGAGCUCGCAAGAUCGUGCACGAACUGAUUUUCUGUAGCAUGCUGAUGGACACUGAAUUCAAGAGGUUAUUUGCCAUUGAGUUUACAAAGUACUACAAGCAGCUUCAGAAGGACUUUAUCAAUGAUGACCAUGAAAGAAGCAUAUCUAUUACAGCUCUAUCUGUUCAGAUCUUCACUGUUCCAACACUUGCCAGACAGCUGAUAGAAGAGGGCAAUGUCAUUAAAGUCAUAGUUGAUACAGUCAUGGAACUGCUGUGCGAGCAUCUUGACGACAACAAUCGUUUCUUGUUCCUGGGCUACAACUCAGACAAGUUCUCACGAAUCCAGGUUAUCUUCCACGACCUCAGAUAUAUUCUGAUCAGUAAACCCUCAGUGUGGACCAACGAGCUGCGGGGGCAGUUUUUAGAAGGAUUCAGAGUAUUUCUUGGGCUUCUUAAAUGCAUGCAGGGUAUGGAGGAAGUGAAGCGGCAGCUUGGUCAACACAUUGCUGUGGAGCCAGAAUGGGAAGCUGGGUUUACUCUCCAGAUCCAGCUCCGACACAUUCUGGCCAUGUUUCAGGACUGGUGUUCAUCUGAUGUUGAGAUUUUGCUGCUAGCAUUCAAGGAAUGCCAUACGGUCCUGAUGCAGUGCAACAACCAGUCCUUUCACAGAGAGGCCACCGACUUCUACAUGUGCAAACACAUUCUACAUGUUCGUCCAUACAAAGUCUCUCAGGAGCCAGUCAGCAUCCACUUGCCCAUCUCCAGGCUUCUGGCUGGGCUGUAUGUGCUUCUGUGUGCAACUGGAGCAAUCGAACGUCUGAAUAAUGCUGAAAGCUAUGACUUCACUCAGCUGACAGAGCACCCCCUGCGCUGUGUGGUGCUGGCUGCACAGGUCACUGCUGAAAUGUGGAGGAGAAAUGGGCUUUCGCUGGUCAGCCAGGUCUACUACUAUCAGGAUGUAAAAUGCAGGUACGAGAUGUACGAUAAGGACAUUGUCAUGCUUCAGAUUGCCGCUUCCAAAAUGGACCCCAAUCACUUCCUCAUGUUGAUCCUGCUGAGAUUUGAGCUCUUUGAACAAUUCAAUGGAAGUUGUUCAAGCAAAGACCAGGAUGAGUUGAUGCAGUGGAACCGAUUGACGGAGGAGAUGCUAUAUCUGCUCAUCGCCAUCACUGGUGAGCGCUAUGUGCCUGGAAUCAGUAAUGUGACCAAAGAGGAUGUGACAAUGAGGGAGGUCAUUCACCUGCUCUGUAUCGAGCCCAUGGCUCAUAGCAGCCUGGUCAAAAGCCUACCAGAGAACGAAAGCCAUGAAACUGGCCUGGAAGCAGUAAUUGCUAAGGUUGCUACAUUCAGAAGGCCGGGUGUGUCGGGACACGGUUUAUAUGAGGUGAAGAAGGACCUACUACAAGAGUUCAACCCUUUCUUCUACCAUUACUCAAGAUCCCAGCAUAGCAAGGCUGAAGAAUCUCAAAAAAAGAGGAGAGUCCUGGAGAGCAAUGACAAAGCUCUGCGUCCCCCGAUGCCUCCAGCCUUUUGCACAGCUUUCUCCAGUAUUGUGCGCCUACUCUGUUGCGAUAUUUUCAUCCACAUCCUGAGGCACAUCUUGCAGAGAGCUGCAGAGGACCGACCCAGUCACUGGUCAGAGGCCAUGAUCCAGAGGACCCUGCACCUGAUUGGCCAGGCAUUGCUGGAAGAGAAAACACAGCUCGAAGAUAGCACUGUUGAGGAAGUGUUCUUUGAUUUUAGCAUAAAGGCCCGUGUUAUUGGCUCAGAACAAGGCAAGUCUGUGUUCCUCUUGAUGUCCAAGAUUAAAGCUUUGCCUUCCCUUGAAGCUCAAAAAGACAUGAUCACAUGGCUUCUACAGAUGUUUGAGAUUGUUAAGUGCCUUAGAGAGAAGUCCAGCCCAACAGUGUCCAUGAACAUGGAAAUGUCCAAGCCAGAAGAGAGCGCUCAGGACAAAGAGAAAGCUGAGCGGAAAAGGAAGGCAGAGGCAGCCAAACUCCACCGACAGAAGAUCAUGGCCCAAAUGUCAGCAAUGCAAAAGAACUUCAUAGAAUCAAACAAGAUGCUGUAUGACAACAUGCCUGAGAGUGGGACACAAGAACCUGUUACCUCUACAGAAAUUUGUGCCAUGGAGGAGAGAGAGCUUUGCAUAGCGAUCGGACCUCACAGAGGGUCCACUCCAGCUGAAAGGGAGAUGCUAACCUGCAUUCUGUGUCAGGAGGAACAGGAGGUGUUACCUCAGGCUCCUGCCAUGGUACUGACCGCAUGUGUCCAAAGAUCCACCGUGCUGACACAGUGCCGGGGGAAGAUACCGGCCAACAGAGCAGAUGGACCAGGCACAUAUCCCCUCUUUAUGCCUCCUGAACUGGCCGUGGGAACCCACACAGGCAGCUGUGGACAUGUCAUGCAUGCAACAUGUUGGCAGAAAUAUUUUGAGGCAGUUCAGAAUACGACCAGAAACAGACUCCAUGCCGAGCUGAUAAUUGAUCUGGAGAACGGAGAAUAUUUGUGUCCUUUGUGCAAGUCUCUCUGCAAUACAGUUAUCCCCCUCAUCCCAUUGGAGCCACUAACAUUUAACUAUGAAAAUGCAGAGAUAAUAGGACAGCAUUUGACACUGCCUCGCUGGAUCCAGAUCUUCUCUGCCAGGAUUAAAGGACUCAAGUCUAUCACUCAGGAUAAUGACUUCAGUGCAGAGGGUGGUGGUGCUGACAGUGGUAGUGGUAUUAGCGGGACCUCUGGGCUCUGUGGCGAAGGCCAGCCAGACUUUAGAUCCAUUCUGAGUUAUGGAGUACAAGAACCGAGAAGGUUUUCAGACAGCAUUGCAGAGAUGCUGGUAGUCUGUGCUACAACUGUCCACAGGGUUGGACUGAAGACUGCACCCAAUGAGCUGUGUCCCCGUGUGCCCCUCAUGGCCUGGAACACAUGUGCCUUCACCAUUCAGGCAAUAGAGAACAUAUUGCAGGAAGAGGACAAACCACUGUUUGGAUCCCUACAAAACAGACAGCUCGCGGGUCUGAGAGCAAUUGUUCAGUUCUCAGCAUCACAGAGACUUAAAAGCUCCCAGACAGUCAUCCAAAGGCACUUCACCGACAUGAUGGGGGUCUUGCUUCCUGUCAUGAGCAGAAAGAGCACACCUUCUCUUCUGGAGGUGGACUUCUUCCAUCUUCUGGUGGGAUUGGUGCUGUCUAUGCCCUCGCUGUAUCAGGAGGAGGCUGUAGACUUGCAGCCAUCUGCUGUGAGCUCUGCCUACAACCACCUUUACAUCCUGCAGCUGGUCACCAUGGCGCACAUGCUGCAGGUCCUCUUGACUUCUACAGAUUUCCCAGCCGUAGACGACGGAGAGGAGACGGAAGAGGCGAGAGCAGCAGCAGAGUUUUACACCACAGUGUCACAACACACUGGAAGGUUGACUCCAGACUUGUCCUGCAACUCUGUAGCACAAAGAGUGAAGACAGGAAUCGAGCCGUUCCUGCGAUGUGCUGCUCUGUUUUUUAAUUGCCUAACAGGAGUUCAUCCACCAGAGGAGCUUUUCAGUACUUCUGUUGCAUCUCAAGGACAAAUUGAGGCACUAUGCAGUUAUUUGGCACUGCCUUCCAACGUGUUCCAGCUCUUCCAGGACAACAGAGAAACUGUUUCUCCACUUCUUCAGAUGUGGUGCGGGAGCCCAGCUAUAACCAAAGCCCUUACAGGCAAAAUCCAGACCAUCAGAUAUCCCAGGAGAAGGAAUCGUCUGAUUAAUCUUCCUGAGGAUUACAGUGUUCUCCUCAACCAAGCCAGCCAUUUUCAAUGUCCAAAAUCUACAGACGAUGAGCGGAAGCAUCCGACUCUGUGCCUGUUUUGUGGGGCAAUGCUGUGCUCGCAGAGCUCCUGCUGUCUCAGCCAGCUGGACGGGGAGGACGUGGGAGCCUGCACCGCACACGCUGCUACCUGUGGGGCCGGAGUGGGAAUGUUCCUGAGGAUAAGAGAGUGUGAAAUAGUACUGAUGGCCAGUAAGACCCGGGGAAGCACAUACCCAGCUCCUUAUUUGGAUGAUUACGGGGAGACCGAUCCUCAUCUAGGAAGGGGCAAUCCUCUGCACCUUUGCCCGGAGCGCUACAGGAAGCUGAACCAACUGUGGCAGCAGCACUGCAUCCUGGAAGAAAUCGCACGCAGCCUGGAGGUGGUCAACGUUAUGUUUGCCUUUGAGUGGCAGAUGUUGUGAUGAUUGUUAAAAAAUAGCAACCUCAGCAUUUAAGCUCUCUACAAUCAAAGCAGGCUCAAUCCCUUCCAGAGGGAACAAAUAACGGAAGGUGGUGGACGAUUAUAUAACCGAAGUCGCCUUGUUUCAGUUUGAUUGUCUGCAGUGAGGAUGAGUUUCUCCUGGAGUGACGCUAUUUCAAAGAAGUUCAUUCAAAUAAGAACAAACAAUAACUACUCUUACAUUUUCCUGGUUUUAGUUUAUGGGUGACACUUUUCAUUAGUGAUAGAAAUUGCUUGCAUUCUGUUUUUGUGUUUAAAAUUGAUGAUUUAUUAUAAGUUCUAAUUGUUCAUUUAUGCUUUUUUUGGGAGGGCACAUACAUGCAGAAAGGUUUGAAAAUAGAUCUAUACAUUUUGAUUUGCCUAUCCAUUGUAAAGACGUCCCAAAUUAAAACCUGCUGCAACCUUAGUCAUGUCUAGACAUAUGUAUGAUGGGUGAAACUUCUAUAGAAUAUACUUUCUAUUAGUUUUGCCACCUGUUUUUUAGCGGCAUAAUUGUUCACCAUGACUCCUGAUCAGCAUGUACUUAACAUCAGCCAUUUUACCACUGUUUUGUUAGAUAUCCACUCAUAUUUAUUGUUAAAAUCCUCAGUGACCUUAAACACUUAAAGAGUAGUCUUAAAAUAUAUCCAACACGAUAUGAAAUUGUGAGAUCCCUUCAAGGAAGUAAAUUGAGCCAAAAAGGAUGCAUGCUUGUAAUAAUUAAAACUAAUGGAAGGAACUGAGGCAGAAUGUUUAUUUAUCAUGUUUAGUUAACUCCCAUAACAUUAAGGUAAUUCAUGAAAUGUAAGAAAUGUACAUUUUUAUUGUCUACAGGAAAAAAGAAAAAAGAACCAGUAUGCCUAUUCAGUUACUCCUCCAGUAUUUGUUGCCAUUUCUGGAAACAUUGUGUCAAUAAACAUUUCCUUCUUUUUUGUGAUGUUUGACAGUUCUCAAUGACUAGGCUUUGGAAAUAAAGACACAAGCCAAUCUACUGACUAUCUGCAUUGUUCCUUGGGUCAGUAUGUAUAUCAGUGUUACAGAUCUACUCAGUGGAACCAGAAGGCUCUUUGCUUUUGGUUAGUUAUUACAUUUAGUCCACUUAGAUUUGACAUAUAUAAGCGUCUGAAAUGUUGAGACAUCU